ACACAAAAAAAUAUCAUUAGAGAAGAAGAAAAAAAUGGUGAAAACAAGUUUCGAAACACUUCCUUUAGAUAUGCAAAUGGAGAUUCUGUCACGAUUGCCUCUGAAAUCCUUAAUGGGAUGCAUGUGCGUCUCAAAGAAAUGGGCAGCUUUCAUCCGUUCGAAAGCAUUCAGAGAUCAUUACCUGAGCCGGUCGAUGACAAGGCCUCGAGUGUUGUUCGUCGCCAAUCAUAGAGAAUUCCACAAAUUCACAUCCGAAGCGUUCUUUUACUCUGUUUAUCAAGAAGAGGAACCAUUGUGGUUGUCUGGUAAACAACAGAUGCGUAGCGACGAAGUACCACUUCUUAAAGUUUCUCAACCCAUCCGUGGUUUGAUCUGUCAACAAGGAAAUACUAAGAUUGUUAUAUGCAAUCCGGGUUCGAAAAAGUGUCGGACUUUACCGCAGAUCAAAGUGCCUAAAGGAGCAUCCAUGACAAGUUUUUUCGGAUACGAUAAAGAUAAGGAUGUAUUCAAGGUGUUAUGUAUAACAAAAGCAACUAAGGAAUAUCAGGUGUGUACGGUGAGAUCGGAUGAAGAAUCUUCUUCUUGGAGACCGAUCAGAUGUGAGCAUGACCAUGCACCAGUUACUGAAGGACUAUUUAAAGGAGGAGUUUUGUACUAUGGAGCUAUGUCCAGUAGUGACAAAUCUGUGGUCAUGAGCUUCAACGUGAGUUCUGAAGAGUUUAGUGUCAUUGAAUUGCCUAGCGAAGUCAAAAUUGAUCAUCAUUGGACAUUGGUGAAUUACAAAGGGGAUAUUGCUUUAGUGAACAACAUUGACUAUGAAUUGAAUCGCAAUGGAGUUUUUAUAAUUUUGGUUAGGAAGGACGUUGCUGGAAAUUGGAAGAGAGAGACCAUUGAGAUUCCUCAUUGGACAAAAACGGUUGAUAAUAAGAAGUUUUAUUUUAAAGGUACCAUUGGAAGAGGAGAACUUGCUUUCGCACCAGACACAGGUACUUGGUUCGGGGGACCACUCUUUGUGUUGUAUUACGAUGAAGCCACAACGAACUUCAAAAGCUUUGAGAUCAAAGGAAUGGUUGGUCAAUAUCAUUCUGUUCGAACCUUCUUGGAUCAUGUUGAUAGUACUUGGCUAAUGUGAAGAAUACAAGUUGGUCCACUGA